AUGUCACCUUCCGCUCCUGUCAACAAUGCGUUCCCUCCUUGUAGCGUACAUGCUUAUGCCGAAACCAGUGCUGACUGUGGCGCACAUUGUAUCAUUGCACGGAAGCGUGAUCGGGACAAAAUAAACCAGAGAAACAAGCAUCGACGGGAGCAAGAGUACGUCUUUCACCUCGAGACAAAGGUUCAUCGACUUGAGAACUUGCUGCAGCAACAAAAUCCGGGGAAUGGCACAAAUCAUGAAACUCCCGUUGAAGCCGAACAGGCGGCAGAUACGAUUCUCCCGAAUGUGUUGGAAGCUGUACCAUCAGUUGCAGAGACAUCUAGUUUACAACAGAUCUCUAGCAGCACAGCGAAGCGGUUGUCUGUUGAAUGGCUCAGGAUGCCUCUAAGCGACAUGAGCACGAUACCGAGUUUCGAAGCUUCCUCUCAGCUGGUCAAGACUUUGCUGCAACUGCAGAAAGAUCCCGAUUCGCCCACGUAUUGUCCAGCGGACCCCAAGCCCAUUGACCUUCUUUACGCCGGCUCUAGUAAUAUACUUGCGAACGCUGUUGUGGCCGGUGCGAGUGAUUUGCCACUGCUACCUCCAGAAAGAUUUGCCUCUUCGUGGAUGGUAUACAAGUUCUGUAGGGUAAAGUCACCACAUCCUUCCCACUCCUAG